AUGGCGCAGCUCAGUGUCAUACAGGGCCGCAUCUACGAUCAGCUUUACUCGCCAUUAGCUCAUCAGUUACCGGAAGCAGAUAUUCUGCGCAGUAUUCGCGCCCUGGACGAACAAUUAGAGGAGUGGCGACUAUCGCUUCCUGUAGCGAUUCGCCCAACAAUAUCUACCACUCCUGCAAUGGAGGACCUCAAACUUAAGGAUCCAGCAGCCGCUGUGUCAGAUGGAUGGGAGAAAAACCUGCAAAUAUACAGGGACACAAUUCGAGCUUGA